CAGUUCUGGUGGGAUUCAAUCUCCCAUUCUUAUAUGGUUAUAAAUUUAUUUUCAUAAUUUACGCGAUCACGAUCUCUUUAUUUCAUUCUGCUACACUCCUCAGUUGACGGAAAAAUAUACCUUCUCCUUCUUCACCGGAGAAUUUCAUCGAUGCGAAGCCUAAAUAGAGCUUGACCCCCUGCCUUUUUGUAACGAACAAACUGCAAUUUUGUUUGCUCGUGAAUGGAUAAAGAGGAAGUUGAUAUAGAGGAUGCCGCGGCGGCCAAUUCCGAGAACCACGACGGCCGGGUUGAGGAUUAUGAUGACGCCGCCGCGGGGACUAUCCGAGAACCGCUGCUUCAUUACAAUAACAGAGUCAACAACACCUCGCAGAUUGCCAUAAUCGGAGCCAACACAUGCCCAAUCGAAAGUCUCGAUUACGAGAUUCUUGAAAACGACUUGAUUAAGCAGGAUUGGAGGUCAAGGAAGAAGGUUCAGAUAUUCCAAUACAUAUUUCUCAAAUGGACAUUUGCAUUUCUCAUUGGAUUACUUACAGGGCUUGUUGCUUUUUUCAAUAACCUCGCAGUCGAGAAUAUUGCUGGGUUCAAACUUGUACUUAGCAAUGACUUAAUGCUCAAGGGAAAGUAUUUUCGGGCUUUUGCUGCAUUGUCCGGUUGCAAUCUUGUUCUAGCCGUUUGUGCUGCAUCCCUGUGCGCGUUUAUUUCACCUGCUGCUGCUGGAUCUGGUAUUCCUGAAGUUAAAGCAUAUCUCAAUGGUGUCGAUGCUCAUUCUAUUUUGGCUCCUAGUACCCUUCUUGUCAAGAUUUUUGGUUCCAUCUUUGGUGUUGCUGCUGGAUUUGUCGUGGGAAAAGAAGGACCCAUGGUUCAUACGGGUGCUUGCAUUGCAAACUUACUUGGACAGGGAGGUUCUCGCAAGUAUCAUUUGACCUGGAAAUGGCUAAGGCUCUUCAAAAACGACAGGGACCGCAGGGAUUUAAUCACAUGUGGAGCUGCUGCUGGUGUGGCAGGUGCCUUCCGUGCCCCAGUUGGAGGUGUCCUUUUUGCCCUUGAAGAAGCUGCCUCGUGGUGGCGGAGUGCACUUCUAUGGAGGACAUUUUUCACAACUGCUGUAGUGGCUGUGGUCCUGAGAUCCUUUAUGCAAUUUUGCCGGUCUGGGAAGUGUGGACUAUUUGGGCAAGGGGGUCUAAUCAUGUUUGAUACUAGUUCAACAGUGCCUAAUUAUAACACCACAGAUCUUCUGGCAGUUAUAUUAAUUGGAGUCCUGGGUGGUCUUUUAGGGAGCUUAUACAACUAUCUUGUGGACAAGGUUCUUCGACUAUACAGCAUCAUCAAUGAAAAAGGUCCAGGUUUCAAGAUAUUGCUUGUCAUGACAAUUUCCAUCCUGACUUCUUGUUGUUCCUUUGGAAUCCCUUGGUUGGCAAAGUGCAGACCUUGUCCUCCAGGGUCAGAGGGUGUCUGUCCUACCAAAGGUCAAACAGGGAACUACAAGAAUUUCCAGUGUCCACCUGGGCAGUACAAUAACCUCGCUUCCCUCUUUCUAAACACCAACGACGAUGCCAUACGCAAUUUGUUCAGCCCACGUGAUGAGGAUGAGUUUUUCAUCUCAACUCUUUUUAUCUUUUUCGCCGUAGUUUACUUCCUCGGGAUUGUCACUUAUGGAAUUGCCAUUCCGUCUGGACUAUUCAUUCCUGUCAUCCUAGCUGGCGCCUCAUAUGGUCGAAUUGUUGGGACCUUCUUGAGCUCUGUCUCCAAUCUAGGCACCAGUCUCUUUGCACUUCUCGGUUCUGCCUCCUUUCUCGGUGGGACCAUGAGGAUGACAGUGUCACUAUGCGUCAUUCUCCUUGAACUGACUAAUGAUCUCUUAAUGCUCCCCCUAAUGAUGCUAGUUCUGCUCAUAUCAAAAACAGUGGCUGAUUGUUUUAACAAAGGGGUGUAUGACCAAAUUGUGACGAUGAAGGGCUUGCCUUUCAUGGAAGCUCACGCGGAACCAUACAUGAAACAUUUGGUUGCCGGAGAUGUUUGCUCCGGACCGUUAAUAACCUUUUCCGGUGUCGAGAAAGUGGGAAACAUCUUACAUGCUUUAACGUUAACCAAGCACAACGGUUUUCCGGUGAUUGACGAGCCGCCGUUCUCAGAAACUCCAGAACUAUGUGGGCUUGUUCUUAGAUCACAUCUGCUGGUUCUGUUAAACGGGAAGAAGUUUUCCAAACAGCAGGUGUUGAUGGGGUCGCAGAUUUUGAAAAGGUUUCAUGUGUUUGAUUAUGCAAAGCCGGGUUUAGGGAAGGGACUCAAAGUUGAGGACUUGGAUAUUGCAGAGGAGGAGUUGGAGAUGUAUGUUGAUCUUCAUCCCAUCACGAAUACGUCUCCGUAUACCGUGGUAGAAACAAUGUCUUUGGCCAAAGCCGCAAUUCUCUUCAGGGAACUCGGUCUGCGACACUUGUGUGUUGUCCCAAAGCGACUUGGGAGACCACCAAUAGUUGGAAUCUUGACUCGUCAUGAUUUCAUGCCGGAGCAUAUAUUGGGACUCUACCCUCACAUGGAUCCGCACUAAUCGGCAAUCGCUCCCCGGAUAAGAGAGUCUCUGCAUUAGCAAAAAACCAGUUGUCAUUCUUAAGCAUGAUUCUUCUUAAACUUCAGCAAUAUGAUCAACUGAAUUAUGUAUCAUUUUUCGGGUAUUUAUUUAUUUAUUAAUAAAACUGUGUUUGUGUAACCACAUUGUGUUACAUCUAACAUAAAAUAAUGUCUGUAAAUAGAAUCUAGUCAAUCCUGAGCACUUUAUUCGGACGAUAUGUAAUGUAAAAAGAAGGUAUGCUACUCCAUAACUCAAUGAGAAAUCCAAAGAGGGUGAACAUACAUGCUAAUAAUUAUUUUCAACUCAUAUCUCAGAUAUAAUAAUAGUAAUAAUGAGGGUGAAUUUACUUAUUUACCCAUCAUCUGCCAGGGCAUAAUAAAUGGUGUCUCGAACCAAUAGGAUUUAUUAGAUGAUAAGAUGAAGACCAUAUCUCGUCGUCCAUAUGGAUAGGGAUCUGGGAAGUAGUUGAAGGUUCAACCUAUCUGGAGCUCCUUAAAUUUUCAAGGCUUUGGUCAAUAUCCACUUGGAAGGGAAUAGGGUUGCACAUGUGAAAAUAAAUAAAUAAAUUUAACGUGAAGUGACUACGUGAGGGUUGAGACUUUGGCUUUAGAAGAGAGGACCUCUGAGUUCAAACUUGAAGCUUGAGCUUUAGGAAAUGAAAAAUUCUAUUUGUAGACAUAAUAAUUGAGUAAAUUGCACUAAAUCCCCCUCCGUUAUAUAAAGAGUUAAUUAUCAAAAUAGGACUAAAAGUCAUUCAUUUUUCACAAAUAGGACCAAAAAAUAAACUAUGUUUGCAUAGAACUAAUUAUGUGUACCUUGGACAAUUAUACCCUUAUAGCUAUUAAAAUGUUUUAAUUCCUAAUAAUAAAAAAAAAAAUUCAUAAAAAAUACUAAAAAAUUAAGAAAAACAUUUCGAUAUUAAAAUUUCAAUUAAUUUUUUUUUUCAAAAAAUUAAAAAAAUUAAAAAAAAAUAAAAAAAAAUAAAAACUCAAAAAAAAAUCGCCGCCGCCUCUGCCGCUUCAGCACCACCACAUCCAGUCACCAGGGGGAAAAAAUGCCAAGUUCAUUACGAAUGCCAUAUUUAUGGCAGAAAAAAAUGAAAAUGUUGGCAUUCGAAAAGAGAAAUAUGCCACUUUUUGGCAUUUUCAGAAAUAAAUGGCAUUUUUCUGGAGAAAUGGCAUUUUUUUCAUCGGUGGGAAAGGCAUCCAUAUUUUUUUAAUUUUUUUUACGGAGUUUUACUAUUUUUUAUUAAUUUUUUUAAAAAUAAAAUUAUUUAAAAAAAAGUUUUUGAAUUUUUUAUUUUAUAAAAAUUUUAUAAAUUUUUUAAUUAU